GGAAGCUGGGAACCCGGCCCUGGCUAGGGGAGGGGCCCAACCCGCCUGGCGAUGCAGAGCUUCCUGCAACUGCUGAGGGGAAACGGGGGCCCCAGCCUGCCCUUGCCGGAGCUGGUGACCCUCGCAGGCAGGCUGUGCCGGGACCUCCAGGAUGACCCCACCCAGGUGCAGCCCUUGGUCACAGCCGUGCUGGACAGCCAGUUCCGCCUGUACCUCUUGGACAAUGCAGAUGUGGCCCUGGUGUGUGCCAGCGUGCUGGCCCAGCAAGAGCAGCACCAGGCCGCUUGCCGGCUGCUGGAGGGGUGCCAGGUGCCAGGCGGCAGCCCCAAGCUGGUGCAGCUCUGGAAUGACAUCCACUACCGUCUGGCCAUGAAGAGGCUCGGUGUGUCCACGCUGACACCGGUGCAGAAGUUCCGGUGCAGGAAGAGGAAUCCACCACCUGCCUCCCUCUGCCCUAACGGCCUCAAGAGCCGGAACUUCCCCAGAGAAGUUCGCCAGAAGCUGGAGGACUUUGCCUCGGGCGUGAGCACCAACCCCAGCAAGGCCGAGCGGGAGGACCUGGCCUCUGAGACGCACCUGACCACGGAGCAAGUCUACAACUGGUUUGCCAAUUACCGGCGGCGCCAGAGGGCCUUGAUGCAGCGUGCGGCGCCAGCCCCAGACUCAGCAGAAGACCUCACGUCAGGGGAGGCGAGUCGGCACCUCCCCCCGCAGCCAACAGACCACCCCCACCUUGGCUCUGGGCUUGUGGACAGGCCUCAGUGGUCAACAGGACCUGAGAAAAGUGGGCCUCUACAGACCCUGGAGACCACCCAAGGGCCGUGGGAGCCGCUGGCUCUGACCCCAGACUUCUCUGGAGACGAGACUAUGCCCAAGUCACUGGCUCCCAGCAUCAACCCCCAGGGCACAUACCUGGAGGAGGAUCCGGGUUCCUGCGGUAGCCAAGCAGAACAACAGGCGGGCAACCUUCGGGUGACCCAGCCCCCGGCACAGGCUCCCAAUUUCAUCCUCACCCAGAGUCCCUCAGACCUGACUCCGGCCCCACCAGGCUUCCCUGGCCCCAUGUCUGCCUUGGAGCUGGGCCAGCCCCCUCCCUCCAGCCAGGUGCAGUGGUCUGAUGGGCAGACCUCCAGCGACGCCUUCUGGGGAGCCAGGAUGCUCCUGGAGCUUUCAGCGGGUAGCCUGGGCUGA